AGCUCAAGCCAGAUAGGCCAGCACGCGCAUUAGGCCGUGCAAGCUGCAAAUGAUUUAGAUCUACUACUCGCGCUGUGAGGCUGCAAGCGAAUACUGUUUGCAACCGAGCCACGUGCUAGCAGGGCAGAACAAGGCGCAGGGCCAUGGCUAGGGCGGCUAGGGCUGCUGGGGUCGUGCGGCGCAUUUGCUUUCUGGGCCUUAUUACUCUUGGUGUAGCCUGGGUGGCGCCCUCUGAGUCACGCCGGCGGAGCCGAGUGCAAGCCAGGAGCUGGUCGGCUGGACCCUUGGGUCCUGUAGAAAGUGCGGACGCCUUCCGCAUCUACUAUCUACCUUUCGUGGAACCCUUAGACAUCGACUCCACGCUGCUGGACCAGCUGCUGGGGGGUUGGCUUGGGCCACUGACGCCGCUGCUGCUGGGCUUGUUCGUUUUUUGGGUGCAGGGCCAGAUCAAUGCAGUGCGGCGCGAGCAGGAAGGCCGUGCCAUUGGAAGUGCUGCUGCAGCGAUCGGGGGCGCUGCUGCCAACACAGCCACGAGCGCAGCCCAAAGCUUGACCCAGAAGCUGGCGAGCGUGCCGCUGCAGCAAUGGGUGAAGCUCCUGCUGUGCAUCGCGCUGGAUGUCGCAGGAGAUGCCUCUUUCCUGCUGCCGGGUGUGGGAGAGCUGGGCGACGUAGCGUUUGCUCCCUUCGAAGCCAUCGCCUUGCGAACCCUCUUUGGCGGAACUGUGAUUUCUGUGCUGGGCUUCGCAGAAGAGGCCCUGCCCUUCACAGAUGCGCUGCCGACGGCCACCACCGGGUGGGUGCUGCAGACCCUCUUCAGUGAGUCGCCCCUCGCCCAGCUGCUUGGCAUCCAGCCGCUUGAGACGUCCGGCCCGCCGGGCCCUCCAGGCCCUCCAGGCCCUCCGGGCCCUGCGAGCCCUGCGAGCCCUGCGAGCCCUGCGAGCCCUGCGAGCCCUGCGAGCCCUGCGAGCCCUGCAAGCCCUGCGAGCCCUGCGAGCCCCCGAGCGCCAGCCGUGCCGGCCAAAGACAAGUGAGCCGGGCAAACUGCGGCGAAGCGUCAUUAUGCCGAUUCCAUGGACUGCGCAUGGCCAUGGCAACCAUGC